UGGAAAGUUAAAGGAUUUCAGUUACUCUGUAAAUAGUAUCAUUCUUGAUAACACCUGGAAGUAAACAUUUAUCAUGGCAUGGGAGAAUCGGACCUUCAACUCAGACUUUAUCCUGGAAGGAAUCUUCAAUGACAGCCCCACUCACAUCUUCCUUUUCUCGCUGGUCUUGGGCAUCUUCACAGUGGCCUUCAUGGGAAACACUGCUAUGGUUCUCCUCAUCUGCCUGGACAACCAGCUCCACACCCCCAUGUACUUCCUUCUCAGCCAACUCUCCCUCAUGGACCUCAUGCUCAUCUGCACCACUGUACCCAAGAUGGCCCUCAACUACUUGUCUGGCAGGAAGUCCAUCUCUCUGGCUGGUUGUGGAGCCCAGAUAUUCUUAUAUGUGUCUCUGCUUGGAGCAGAAUGUUUCCUGUUAGCUUCAAUGGCUUAUGACCGUUAUGUUGCCAUUUGCCACCCAUUAAGAUACUCAAUUCUCAUGAACCAGAAAAUAUGUGGUCUCAUGGCAGGUUUUUCAUGGAUUCUUGGCUCACUUGAUGGUAUAAUUGAAACUGCAGUUGCAUUGUCUUUCUCAUAUUGUGGUGCCCGAGAAAUACCCCACUUUUUCUGUGAUGUCCCUGCCCUUCUCACUCUCUCAUGCACUAACACAUUGUUAUUUGAAAGGAUGAUAUUUAUAUGCUGUAUUAUUAUGCUUCUUUUCCCUGUAGCAGUAAUCAUUGCUUCCUAUGUUCAUGUUAUUGUGGCUGUCAUUCACAUGGGAUAUGGAGAGGGCCCACGUAAAGCUUUUGGCACCUGUUCCUCUCACCUCAUGGUAGUAGGAAUGUAUUACGGAGCAGCCAUGUUCAUAUACAUGCGGCCCAGUUCAGAUCGUACCCCCACCCAGGACAAAUUCGUGUCUGUCUUCUACACUAUCCUUACUCCCAUGCUGAAUCCUCUCAUCUAUAGCCUCCGCAACAAGGAUGUGGCCAGAGCAUUCAUGAAGGUGUUAGGAAGGGGUAGUCUGGAGAGCAAAUUGCCUGAUAAUCUUUACGCUUUGUUUUUUCCCAGUACCUUCUUUGCUUUAUGCUUAAAUCUAUGUAUUCAAUCAAUCCAAUUAAGUAACUAA